AUGUUACUGUCAUUAUCUAUCGUGUUAUCAGUGGUCCACUGUGUCCUCACCAUAGACCUUACCUACCAUGUGGAAGAAGAGAGAAGUCCAGGAACAUAUGUAGCAGACAUUGCUGCUGAUUCUAAACUUUUAGACAAUGUUAAACCAUCUGACCAACAUUUGAUAACAUUCAGUCAAUUCAAACGAAAGGUGGCACAGUUAUUUAAUAUCACCAAAACAGGUAAACUGUACACUGCUCAGACACUGGAUGCAGAAGAUCUCUGUACAUUCAACAAAGAAUGUUCCAGAACUAUGAAAGUUGUUGUCAAUAAAGGAACAAGUGUUUCAAAAAUAUUAAAAAUCAAAAUAGUAAUAGAAGACAUUAAUGACCAUGAACCGAACUUUCCUAUGAAGAAUAUCAACAUAGAGUUUUAUGAAGACAUUGGUAAAGGUGCAAAAAGAUCAAUACCAAAUGCCAUAGACAAAGAUGUAGGAUUUCAAAAUUCAUUAAUGCAAUAUAAAUUAAAAUCAAAGAAUGGAGAACCAUUCUCUCUGUCAGUGUCUAAAAGAGCUGAUGGUAUUUCUUCUCUAAAAAUAGUUUUGAAAGAAUCAUUAGACAGAGAAAUCAAAGACACAUAUUUAUUACAAGUCAUAGCUAAAGAUGGAGGUUCACCAGCAAAACAAGGUGUUUUAAAUAUAAAUAUUUCUGUAAUAGAUGUAAAUGACAACCCACCAGAGUUUUCUAAACCUCUCUAUAAUGUAUCUAUACAAAGUACACAUCACAAAUCUAAACCCAUCAUUGUUUUGUCUGUAAGUGAUGCUGAUUCUGAUGAAAAUGGUAAAAUUACUUUCCAUUUCAGUCCAAAGACAUCAGAUCUAGCAAAAAGCUAUUUUCAAUUAAAUAAAACAAGUGGGGAAAUUUUCGUGAGUAAAUAUUCAAAUUUAGGAAAAAAGAAAACCUAUGAAUUGUUUAUAGAGGCCAGAGAUGGAGGCAACCCUCCUCUCAGUUCCAUAGCAACUGUUUUG